AUGUCCUCCUAUGGCCAACUGCUCAGUGCCCGCUGUGCUUCGCCCUGUGAGGUGACCUGUGCCCAGCCCUACGUGGACGCCUGCAGCGAGCCCUGCGUCGCCGCCUGCGGAGAUUCCCGAGCCAUCGUCUAUGCCCCACCCGUGGUCGUGACAUUCCCGGGGCCCAUCAUCAGCUCCUGCCCCACGGAGAGCAUCGUUGGGUCAUCCAUCCCUGAAAUCGGCGGGGGAAUGGGCUCUGGAGGGGGUGGGAUGGGCUCUGGAGGAGGUGGGAUGGGGUCUGGAGGGGGAGGAAUGGGAUCUGGAGGUGGAGGAAUGGGCGGCUCCUGCGGAGGAGGGAUGGGCUCCGGUGGCUCCUGCGGGGGAAUGGGAGGGGGCUCCUCCUGCGGGGGUGGGAUGUCGCGGCUGGGGAGUCUCUAUCGCGACUCCUAUUCCUCCAGCUACGGCUACGGCUAUGGUAGGAAUUAUAAUCCCUAUUUCUCCCGAGGGUACUACAGGUAUCGCUACGGGAACUACGGGCCUUUUUAA